UUGACAUUGUUAUUUUAUGAGAGCUCUGGCUGUCUCCUACACUCAAAACAGAUACCAUUGACCGGAGAAAAAUCAAAGAAAAUUGACACUCCUGUCACGGCGGUUCUCGGGCUUUCAUUUAUGGAUUAUCUCUGAUUGAAACGCGACGUCAUGACUUGUAGGAGGCCGAGAACUGUUUGCUCUCAGACACACGGGCGACCGUUGAGCUGGUAAUGUAUUUUUCACAGCAUAUGUUUGACUGUGUUAUAAACGGAUGUGUCACCCUCAGCUCACGGACUCUGUCGUGUUAAUGAGUAUGUCAGCCGCACCACAGCGGGUUAUUUGACACCUACGCCGACGUAAAAUAACAAUUUGCUGACUGGAGUUGCAGCAAUGGCUUCGGCGCUGAGUAGCUUCAGUGGUCCCGAGGUGCUGGAGGACGUGAAUCACGCUCGGAGUUUGAUGGACGAGUUGAAAUUACUGUACGACUGCCGGCUGCUGGGGGACGUUACUAUCGGGGUUAAAUGUGAAGAGGAGUCUCUGGAGCACUGCGGAGGGUCACCCAGGGGUGACAUUGACCAACUUUUCCUGUGUAGCCGCAACGUCCUCGCUGCUGCGAGCCCUUACUUCAAAAGCAUGUUCACCGGGGGAUUAAAUGAGAGCAUGCAGCACACAGUGGUCAUCCGCGGGGUGGACUCUGAGUCCAUGUCUGUCAUUAUAGACUACUGUUACACCGGCAGGGUGACCAUCACGGAGAGCAACGUCCAGAGGCUGUACGCUGCAGCCAACAUGCUCCAGCUUGAGUACAUCAGGAAGGCUUGCUCCAGCUUCAUGACAAGGAGGCUGGACCUCUCCAACUGUGUGGGGAUACUGAAAUUUGCAGACACCUAUGACAACCCAGAGUUGAAGGAGAAUGCACAAGCUUUCAUAGCCAGGAACUUCAGCCAGAUGUGUAAUGGUGGAGAGCUGUGUGAGCUGGAUUUGAUGCAGCUGAAGGAGAUGUUGUCUCUGGACACUUUGGAUGUGGACUGUGAGAGGAAGGUCUGCUCGGCUGCUUUGCAGUGGAUAGAGGCGAAUGCACCGCAGAAAAGGGAGGAUGCACUACAGGCGCUGAAGUGUGUGCGGUGGAACUUGUUUACCGAGAAGGACAAGUGCUACCUGGAGGGCCUAAUGGCGAGGCCUGUGAUUGAGAAAUACCUUGCAUCUUUCUUUAACAGGUCUGCAGAGGACAGUUGUGGAUUGCCUGCAACUCUAGACGUACCAAAACACAGAAUAGGUGUAAGCGCAAAGGAAAUGAUUCUCUUCUUUGGCCUACCUAACGACAAUAUAAUGUGCUGUGACCCGUACUCAGAGGACCUGUAUUUCAUGGCUCCUCCUUUAGAAGAUCUCAGCAGUCAGGAUUACAAACGUUCCACAAUGGAGUCCUUAAUUGCCUGUGCCACACCUGAGAACAACUUGUACCUAGCCUCCCAUCUCUCUAAACACUUCUGGCUGUACAACCCUGUGCUCAACAAGUGGCAGGAGUUGGCAGAGAGGCCGCUGGGGAGGAUACACUCUGGAAUGGGCUACCUCAACGGCCAUGUUUAUCUUCUGGGAGGAAGAAAUCCGGUGACGGAUACCAGGCUGAAGGACGUGGAGUGUUACAGCGUCCAGAGGAACCAGUGGACAUUUGUGGCUCCUCUGCCUCAUUCUUUAGGUAAAAUGCAGGUGGUGUCACUAAAUGACCACCUGUACGUGGUGAACAAACGGAGAAUGCUUUGCUACGAUCCCAAGAGGAACCGCUGGCGCCACUGUGGGUCGCUGAGAAGAGACAAGCUUCACAAAGCAUGCGUGUUUCAGGAUCAGAUCAUCUGUGUGUGUGACAUCCCCGUGGUGAAAGCCUACAGCCCCACCAGAGGGGAAUGGAAGAGACUGGGUGACAUUCCCAUUGACAGUCGUGCUUUAAACUACCAGGUGAUCCAGCACAACAACAAGCUGCUCCUCCUCACUCAGACUUUACUGCAGCACAACAAAAACAGGGUCCUUAUCCAUGAAUACGACCAAACCAGGGACACGUGGAAGAACAUCAUGGCGGUCUAUGUGUCCACCCUGGGGCCCGUGUGUGUUUCAACACGUGUGUACCCCGCAUGCCUGGGCUCUGCUCACAGCUUCUCCACAGAGGAGGACGAUGACAGCGGCUCUAGUGCCGACUGGGACUUUGAUGGAUUGACAGACGCAGACUCCGACUCUGGCAGCUCCAGCUCAUUCUCAGAUGAGAACUGGUAGUGAUUACUGUGUCAAAGAAAAACUUAACUUAUUUAUAAUGUGAUGGAUUUUUACAGGGUUCUGUCUGCCAGGAGAGACUAUAGAUCCAGAUCUAGUUCAGUAUUAAAGCCAGACACUUACAGUAGAAGCACAAGUCCAUCGAAAUCCUUACUGCACUCUGAUGGUUUUCUUUCUCUGCACCAGUCUGGCUUAUGAAUAUUUACUGAAGGGGAGAAGAAGCUAAGCAGAGUUGGUUUCUGAAAUACCCAGACACAAGGGCUUUCUUGUUCAAUUUGUAUCAUGUGCUGCCAGCAUGAAGGACAGUGUGCUGUCUUGUAGUCUUGUUUACACAAUAACUCAAGACAGAUACAUAACUUCAGCAAUAAAUUCCUCCGUAAAGUCGUAACUUACCACAUCAGUGAGGGCAGCUGAUUGAAGGGUACUUCAGUCCAGACGAGUACUAUUACACUUCCAUAAAAUUGGAGGAACUGGUGAGAGACCGAUAAACAAAGAAAUAAAAAUAGAAGCAGUAGAGGCUGUUAUAUCCUGACUUUUGGUCUUUAAAGGUCCAGUGUGCAGGAUUUAGGGGCAUCUAAUCUAUUAGCAGAAAUGGUAUAUCCUCUUGAGACCCUGUGUCCUCUAGGGCUGCCACUAACGAUUAUUUUCAUUAUCGACUCAUCUGUCGAUUAUUUCUGCGAUUAGUCGACUAAUCAUUUCAUCGAAAAAUGUGUUAAAAUGUUGAAAAAUGUCGGUCUGUCUCACCCAAACCCCAAAAUUACAUCAUCUAAUGUCUUGUUUCAUACUCACGCCAAAGGGUUUUAGUUCACUGUCACGGGAGAGUGUGUAAAGCUGCCAAUAUCUGAACGUAAGAAGCUGCAGUAAGAGUAUUUUGGGGUACUUUUAUAGUGCUUUUCUAUGAAAAAUGACUCAAACUGAUUAGUCGACUACUAAAAUAGUCACCGAUUAUUUUAAUAGUCGAUUAGUUGACUAAUUGUGGCAGCCCUAGUGUCCUCAUUUGAGGACAUCACCUUUUGAUUUUGGGUUUCCUGCACAUUAUACUUCAUUCUGCUUAACAUAGACCUGUUGUCCUUGGUUGAAACUUGUUUAUUUGUGCUAAAUAAUGUCCGUAGUUUAAUGUGGCAAACAAAUUUGACCAAUUUUAACAACAGUAACAAGUAUUCAGGCAUUGAAAUGAACAUUUUUGAACAGUUCUAGACUUAACUAAUGACCCCUAACCCGCAGCGUUACAACAUAUUAAACAAUUGUUGCAUUGUUUGUAAUUUCGUUUUUGCACAACAAUGUCGAGGCAUUGAAAUAACAGUUUAAUAAUUUAUUUCACACUUGUGAUUAUUAAAAAUAAACCCAUUGUCUCCAUGUGAAGACAUUUUUUCCCCCAAAAACUACUUCCUGUUCAAAGACAGUGCUUCAUUUUUUAUAUAUUGAUCAGGGCCUACUUUCCGGAGUAGCAUGGAGAAAUUAAAAAAUGCAUACCAAACAAAAGCUGGGGUCUCAGGAGUAUGUAAUCAUAGAUAUCUUUUCUUUCGUUUAUGAUCACCUGAAAAUAGCAAUCAUGGUGUUUUUGUUAUCUUAGAAUGAGCCAUUUAUACCUACAUAAGGAGCGGGCCCUCUCAGAUGGAGUCCACCAUGUUGUUAUACAGUAGCCCAAUACUGACAAACCAAACACAGACUCUAGAUAGGGCCAUUCAUAUUUUUGCACCUGCAACCGUAGUUCUCCGACACGCUUGGCACAUGGGAGAAAUUUCAGUUAUGCAACCUUACUGCAAGAUGCCACUAAAUCCUACGCACUAGACCUUCAAGGUCAUCCUACACUUCCCAUAAUGCAGUGUUUUCCAAACUGAGCCUGCAGGUAGAUGCACAAGUUCAGAGGGAAAAUUUCAAAUGGAACUAAAGCUUAUUAUAGCAGAGACAUUUUAACUUGUCAAACACAGGUGUUACUAAGAUAAUUAAUCGUUGAACAUCAUUAAUUUCAUUACUUCCACCUCUGCUCUUCCUGCUAUGACGGAGUACUCUAAUGCUGCCAGGGUGAAAAUUGCAAAGCUUGUUAAGCUCAUCAAGGUAACACAUCUGUCAAAUCUGAAAUACAAAGAUGCCUAUCAUGCUCUUGCGUUCACUGUCACUAUAGGAGCAGAAUCUUUUGUGUGUGACACCUCUGUUAGAUACAUUUUUUCAGUUUCUUAAGGGGGGCGUGACAGAAGAAGUUUUGGAGACACGGCCAUAAUGCAAAUUGCAGAUUUCUUUAUACUUGACGGUGCUCCUCCAGAGCUACAAAAGAGUUAUAGUUAACUGUUUUGCGCAGGAAGAACAGCAUUUCCUAUGACUGGUAAAAUGACUUUGACGUAAAAAUCGGAGGGCCUUUGAAGGAAUACUUCACCCAUAAAAUGACCAUAAGAAAAUCAGAUAGUCAUGCCAUGUUCCUUUUACUGGCUUGGCGCCACAAAGAAUGCUGAACAUACUGAUUUAUUGAUUGAUUUUGGACCACGUUUAGUAGAAAACCUAUAUCCAAACAUCUGUUCACAAACUCCCACACAACUCAUGCAGUAUAAUCUUAGUUGUAUUUAUCCAGUCACAUGCUUAGUACUUCUCAUACACAUGGUCAUUUUGUGUGUGAAGUAUUCCUUAUAUGCUUUGGGCUGGUGUUUUGUCAUAUAAAGACACAUUUUUGACAGAAAUAUUAAUUUUAUUGUGCUUGAAUAAAUGAGUACACCUGCUUAUGACUGGCGUGAAAUCAUGACUGUGAGUUACGGGACAUCAGGCAGCUCAAGUGCCUCAUGUUUAUGACUUUAAACACAACUGGUCAUUUACAGGGCUUUAAAAUUUGCUGUCCCUUUCUCUGAUGUUGUUGAUUCAAGACGUCUCUCUCACACACACACACACACACACACACACACACACAUACACACAUACACAGCUGGUGUUUUAAAAACUGCUGUAUGAAACGUAGAAGCCAACACGCUCACUCAGGUUUAGGCUUCAGUAAAAAGCCUGUUUGCCAUGAUUGACUUUGUUAUUUUUUUAGAUGUAGUGAAAUUAGGUGGUUUUGGUGACAAAUGCUAAAUUUUAUGAAGUUUAUUUGAAGCUAUUUUAUUGGAUGUAUGUAUGUGUUUUCUUAUCUGUGAUUUUUAAUUUAAUCUUUAUGUUGCAUUCAGGAACCAGAAUGUUUCAAGAAGUGUUUUGAGUAUUGUUUGGUCCUGAUGAACUGCUGGAGGAUAUUUUGUCUGCAUGUAAUAAAGCUGUUGCGAAGCCAUCGUCCUCCCCGACCACUCCACACACUCAUUUACCAGUUUAUUAGCUGCGUUGAAGCACGAUGGAGUGUUUCUAAUGUGUCUACGCUCAUUAAUAUUAGUGUUGUAGGCAAAAUAUUGAAAUCACCCUUUACAUAUAAUGCAAUGCCACAAACUACAGUCUCCAGAAUUAAAAAUGAAAUUGAGUCAACACAUCUAAUAAACAGUUUAGACAAACACUGAACAUUAUAAAAUUCAUGGUAUUUAUUACAGGGCUGUUACAUUAAGCUGUAUUAGUUUCUGCUAAGUGUACCUAAUAAACUGGUAAAUGAGUGUAGCUCUAAAUGCUGUCCCUCUGUAUGAUAGAUAAUUGAAGUGUUACUUUGUGUGUGUGUGUGUGUGUGUGUGUGUGUGUGUGUGUGUGUGUAAAGGGGUGAUUGGCUGUGGUCUGGAAUAUAAAUCUGUUUUGGUGUAUGUGUCAAAUAAACAAAGG